AUGGCUCACACUAAUAGAAUAGUCGAGUUAUCUUCGCUUAUUGCGCAACAGACUACAAUUAUCAAUGAUUUCUUUGAAGAGAAUCAACUACCGACCCCAUCCUUGGACCUAGAUGCCCUCCAGUUCUUACCGAUCCCAAAUGAAGCUACUCACGUCAAAGCUGCUAGGGCGCGGGUAAUCGAAGCCUGCUCAGAGCUGAAAGCAUUGCUCACCGGCCCUAGAGAGCUACUAAGAUUCAAUUGGACAGCAUAUGUCAGUGUCAAAGCGAUUCUCCGCUUCAACCUAGACAAGUCUUUUGCAGCAGGAGAGACAACAUCCUUCGAAACUAUGUCCAAGUUUUCAAACCUAGAUGUGAAGAUCGUUCGACGUAUUAUUAGGCACGCUAUUAUUAACCACAGAUUCUUCCAAGAGAACGUUCCUGGCGUUAUAAGUCACUCUACGCUGACGGCCGUGCUUAGUCGGGACGAAAUGGCGAGGAACUCAUUGAUAGUAGAGCUAAACGAGUUUUGGCCAGCAGGCGUCAAGAUGGCUGAUGCCAUCGAAAAAUGGCCUAACUCAGAGGAGAACAACGAAACUGGUUUCUCUCUAGCCAACAAUAGCAAUAAAGGAAUGUUUGAUAUAUUUGCCGAUAAUCCGGAUCGCGCCGAUAGAUUCGGACGGUACUUUUCGAAACCAGACUCAACUGCUGAUGGCAUACUUGAGAAUUACCCAUGGACAGAGAAAGUAACGAUGGUGGACGUUGGGGGAUCGCACGGGAGCGUUGCUAUCAGCAUUGCUGAGCGAUUUCCUAACAUCAAGUGUAUUGUCCAGGACCUACCUGAUACCGUCACUGAAGGGGCCUCCUAUCUUCCUAAACACCUAAGGAAUAGGGUAACGUUCAUGGCGCACGAUUUCUUCAAGCCUCAGCCAGUUAGUGCAGAUGUAUACUAUUUCCGCUCGAUCUUCCACAACUGGGCUGAUAAAUACUGCAUCAAAAUUCUUCAAAAUCUUGUGCCUGCUCUACGUCCAGGUGCAAAAGUUAUAAUUCAUGAGCGUAUACUGCCCGGCCUUGAGAAGCUGACUACGCCAGAUGCUAUGAGGGCAAUAAAUCUUGACGUCGGGAUGCAACAGUUGUUAAACGCACAACAACGCGAGAUGCACGAAUGGCCUGAGCUUUUUCAACGUGCGGAUUCCCGUUUCCGCUACUUGGGAGCUCACCAACCUGAGGGGGCCAUUCGUUGGAUCAUUGAGGCAGAAUGGCAAGGGUAG